AUGCUUAACACUGCUUGGGUUGCCCUCGCUCUCGCUGGUUUUGCCGCUGCUCAGGACUUUAGCAUUCCCUCUGCAUGGAGGGAUCCUAGCACUUCUACGUCCGAGGCAGACCUCGCUACCGACGCCCAGAACCUCGUUGGCACCCUCAGCGUUGACUCCAGCAACGGCGGCGUUCAGGGUCUUGGCUACUGGCAGAGCGCCAACUGGCUCUCGGCCUUGGCAAACCUCGACCAUUUCACCGGCCAGACCACCAAUCAGCAGACCGUGACCGACGCACUGAACGGCGCGUUUGCCUCGUAUACCGACUUUGAUCAAUAUCAAUGGUGGGCCACUGCUGCGUACUACGCGUACCGUGCGUAUGGCGACGAGAACCUCCUCGACCACGCCAUCGCCACUUGGCAGCACGUCAGCAACUACGUUAUCACUUCCGCCGAUGCGAGUUCAGGCAGCAUCUCUACGAAGAACUUUAGUAUUGAGGGCAGUUGUAAUGGCCAAUCUAUGGCUGGCGGCGUUUUCUGGCGCCCGACCGACGAUGAUACCUCCGUAAACACCAUCACCACUGGCCUCUACGCAGCUCUCUCUGCAUUCCUCGGCGAGGCGACUGGUGACUCCACCUACACCACCGCUGCCGUGGCCAGUGCAAACUGGAUCAAGAACGUCAACACGAACUCCGCCGGACUUGCGCUUGACAGCGUCGAUGCAAGCGACUGUUCGCGGUCCGACGCCAGCUGGAUCUUCACGUACAACACUGGCAAGUACAUCGAGGGCCUCUCUGUUCUCGCCGCUAGUGAUAGCUCGUGGACAUCUCUUUUGGAGAACACCAUCGUCGCUGCCACCAAGGACUCGCCCUGGCAGGGCAGCGACGGUGUCAUCACCGAGGGCUCCAGCGACAGCACCGACAACGACGAUGUCGGCUUCAAGUCCGUCCUCAUCCGCGGUCUGCACGAGGCCUGGGCGCGUAACACCGGCAACGGGGACCUGACCGCGCUCGUGGAGGCGUACACGGACGUGCAGUGGAACGCGCUCGCGAGCCUCGCGUCGACGCAGAGCGGCAACGGGCAGACAUGGUUCUCCACCAACUGGCCCGGACCAGGCCCGAGCGCGCUCAUUGCGUGGGGGCAGCUCGCAGCCAUCGACGUGUUGGUGUCGGCGGUGGACGAGAAUUAG